AUAAAAAAUAAAAACCGCCGAUGACGACACCCACUUUCUUGUUCUUCCCUUCUUCCUGCGGGUUCACGAGCCAAAGACCGAACACCCACAAGCUCACUCGGCCGAUUCUUCUGCGAAUUUUCCCGGAAAAAUCGAAACCCAUCUCCGAAUCCCAUAAAUAAUCCGUGCCCUUCUGGCCAUGGCCGUCCCAUUCUAAUCCCAGUACCCGAAAGUUCGAUCCUUUACCUCUUUUCGCUUUCUUUUCCGGCAAAGUUGGAAUCUUUUCUGUGGAAUCCGUUCGAUUUUCCGUCUUGCCUUUCUCGCCUUUGAGGGGGAGGGGCGGGUUUGUGAAUCUUUAGAUGGCGGAUGUUCUGGGGUCGCCGUCUCUGUACACUCGCCGGCUCUCCAGUUCGCCGUCGGUGUCUUUCCCGGCUCUUGUUAAUUCCGUCGUCCCACCGAAGAGGAUUUUGUCGGUCGCGAGUUGCUCGAUCGGUGAUUUCUCGCCGCUCGCGUUCAGACCCAGAAAGCAGUUUAACUCUUUGAAGGUGCAUGCUGCUAUUACUGAAACUGAUCAGCCAAAAUGGUGGGAGAAGAAUGCAGGACCAAAUAUGGUCGAUAUUCAUUCUACACAAGAAUUUCUGAGUGCUUUAAGUCAAGCUGGAGAUAGACUAGUAAUUGUUGAAUUUUAUGGAACUUGGUGUGCUUCUUGCCGAGCAUUAUUUCCAAAGCUCUGCAAGACAGCUCAAGAACACCCUGAGAUUUUAUUCUUGAAAGUUAAUUUCGAUGAGAAUAAGCCAAUGUGCAAGAGCUUGAAUGUUAAGGUGCUGCCGUAUUUCCACUUCUAUCGUGGCACUAAUUGUCAGGUGGAGUCCUUUUCAUGUUCCCUUGCUAAGUUUCAGAAGAUAAAGGAUGCAGUUGAAAAGCACAGCGCAGCUUGGAGCAGCACUGGCCCGCCAAAGGGAGUUGGAGAUCUCAAUCUUGAAGUUGGGUCUCUUCUGAAGGACAAUCAAACAGGAUCUAGUUCAUUCUAGGACUUUAUAAUGGUUAUUUAGCCAUAUGGGGCAUCCUCCCUGUCCAUAUUGCACAUAAAAGGAUUACUCUUGAUUGGUGUUUGCACAAUGUCUUUGCUCUUUGUAAGAGGACUUGAUGGCAAAUUCUGCGCAUUGCAGUCCUUUGUCAUUCAAUAUUCUCUGUGAUAUAUCUGUCUGUGUUAUAGGGUUAUAGCAAAGAGCAAAUAAAGAAUGUGACUUAUGAGAAUUGCAGUGAAGUCAAGUAACUGUAUUAUUGGUUCUUUAUGACCAGCUUUCAACUAAAGAAUCCAUUUGUUAGCCGACCAUUUUUGAA